AUGCGUCUUUCGUCUGGCCUCCUCGUGGCUUGUGCUACGGGUGUCUUGGGUCAGUUCCAGCAAAUCCACCAUUUUAAGAGGUUCACCAACUCCAGCACCUCUGCUAUUGAGUCGCAGACGCCCACCUCUUCUGUUGCGACUACUUCCUCCGUCGAGGCCACCACCACGAGCGCUGCUCCAACGAGCGUAGCGUCCGUUGAGCUCAAUCUUAAAGACUUCGUCUUGGGCCAGGGUGCUUCUUUUUACCCACCACCUGAUGGUGAUACCAUCGGCAACUUCAAGCGGGAGGUGGACGUGCCCAGCAAGCGAGACGUGCCCAGCAAACGAGACGUGCCUUGUGUUUAUCGAGUUCUCGUCGAUGGCGAGGUUGUACUUCAGCAACCAAUAACCGGAACAGGCUCUCUUGACCUCUCUACUAAUCCAUUCCCCCUGAAAUCUGAUUACAAGAUCACAUUCGAACAAGGUUGUGGUGGCACGUUUAUCCCUGUUAUCCUCGAAGGAGUCACCGUCGUAGAAGCGCCCGGCAAAACCUCAACUCCUAUCUCUUCGAUAGUCAUUGCAACCGGUAAUUCUGUGGAAACUGGUACUGCCACAACUGAGAGUGCCAUCGAGACCACAGCAGCUUUCGUCACCACCAACUCUGAGGGUGAGACAGUCACCCUCACUGAACCUACUGGCACUGCAUCUUCUGGCGCUGCUGGCUUCACCACCAAUUCUGAAGGAGAGACGGUUUUCCCUACAGAGACUGUUUCCACCAACUCCGAGGGCGCUACCACCAACUCCAAUGGUGAGACUGUCUUCCCUACAACUACUACCCGCGCCGCCUCUUCUUCUUCUGCGACCUCUAUUCCAGGCUUUCCCGGUAGUGUUCUUGACUUCACUCUCUUCGGAUGUGUUGGUUCUACUGCUGGUUUCCCUACGUUCACUUCUGUCGAGACUAGCGAGCGGAUGGAUCUCGACCUCUGCGGCGGGCUGUGUGCUGGACGUGCUUACUUUGGCGUCUAUGAUACCACCUGCUACUGUGGUGAUGAGCUUGGCGUCGAUGCUAGCCGAGUCAACCUUGACGAGUGCGACAUUGAAUGCCCCGGAGAUGACAGCCAGUUCUGCGGUGGUGACUCCUCCGCCAGGAGGCUUCGUACUCGUCAGAACGUCCCCAGCAACCGACUUCUCACAGUAUAUGCUGCUCCUCGGGAUGUUGUAGUCACCAGUUCUGUAACUCAAACAGUGACUGAGGAGCAGACUGUCGUUACGACGUUCACCACUACCGUCACUGGAGCUUCCACCACAGCCGUUGAGGUCAUCACUACUGCUCUGGUCUGCGUCAAUGGCCAAUGCUUCCCUGGCUCUUCUACUGUCUACAUUUUCGUUGAGAUCAACGGCAGCGACUGUGAUGGCCAGUGGGUCUUCAUUUCUGUGCCUUGCCCUGGUGGCCACAAAUACAUUCCCCAGUAUUGCUCAGGAGGCAACUGUGCCAAGCUUCAGGUGUAUAAGCCCCAGCAGUGCCAUGACUGGUAUAACUACGACUCAUUCUUUGUUGCUUCUGACUGUGCUGCAUGUUCUAAAGGCAUUCAAUAUCUACCUUGGCAGAACUCAUGGGGUACACCAGAUAAGUGCAACAAUCAAGUUCCUACUUGCUCUGGAGGCAGCUGCCCUACCAACAACCAGGGCAUUGCUCCUCAUGGUGGCAGCUGGAGCAGCUCGAACUCGACCAGCCCCCAUGGAGGUUCUAAUGGUGGCUCAAACGGAGGCUCUGGUGGCUCGGGCGGCUCUGGUAGUCCCGGCGGUUCCGGUUCUGGUGGUUCUGGUGGCUCCAGCUCCAGCUCAAGCUCAGGCUCCAAUGGUGGUUCUGGCGGUUCCGGAGGUUCCAGCUCCGGCUCAAGCUCCGGCUCCAAUGGUGGUUCCAACGGCGGCUCCCAUGGAGGCUCUGGAGGUUCCAGCUCUGACUCAAGCUCAAGCUCCAAUGGUGGUUCCAGUGCCCCCGGCUCUGAAGGUGCUUACCCUAGCACUAUCACUGUUAGUGGUGCUAGCAAGCAAGUGAUGGAUAUGCUGGCUUUCCUUGCUGUAUUUAUUGCUUUGUUUUAA